UGAAGUUUCUGCUCAUCGUUAGACACGCUCUACUGCUUUCCGUCACCGUCACCAUUCGCGACCAAAGUCUACCGCAAUGGUACUACUUCGUUUUGCACCAUCUCCAACAGGUCCCCUGCAUCUUGGGGGCCUACGUAUGGCUCUCUACAACCACCUCUUUGCAAAGAAACACGGUGGUAAAUGGAUCUUGAGAAUCGAAGACACGGAUACUUCGCGAAUGGUUCCAGGGUCAGUAGAAGGAAUACAAAAAGCGCUGGACUGGGCUGGAUUAGAGUACGACUACGGUCCGGACAGGAAUUCCCGGUAUGGGCCUUAUUUCCAGACGGAGCGGCUUGAGCUGUACCGCUCUUAUGCCAACAAAUUGCUUGAGUCUGGCCACGCUUACCGCUGCUUUUGUUCCACGGACAAAUUGGCGUCCAUAAGGGAAAGACUGGCCCGUGCCGGCUCGAACUCAACAUACGAUAAAUCCUGUGUCCUCAUCACGGACGAAGAAUCGGCACGAAAGGCUCGUGCAGGUGAAAAAUUUGUUGUCAGGGUCAAUGACAGUCUUCCUCCAUCCAGGCCGCCAGCAGUCGACCUAGUAUUUGGUCACCUCAAGGAUGCUCACGCUUCUCUAUCUACUGAUCCCGUUCUACUCAAGUCUGAUUCCUUUCCCACUUAUCAUCUGGCUUCGGUCGUAGACGACCACGAGAUGCAGAUCACUCAUGUUCUUCGUGGCGAGGAAUGGAUAACUUCUUUCCCUCUGCACCUCGACCUCUAUGCCCACCUUGGCCUCACUCCACCUAAAUUUGCUCACAUUCCCAUUCUCCUCAACCCCGAUGGCACCAAAAUGUCCAAACGAAAGGGUGAUGUUCAAGUUAUCGACUACACGAGGCGCGGGUGGGAACCUGCCGCGGUGCUUAACUGGCUUGCUCUCGCUGGUUGGGGAGUGACUCACGAAGAGACGUCACCCGAGUCCACAUCACGAACACACAUCAAGGACGCUCCUGACAGUACCGCGAUAAUGUCUCUACCGGAGCUCAUUAAAUCGUUCGAUAUCUCUGUUCUGACGCAGCGCAGCUCGGGAUUAGAUGUCUCAAAAUUGGAGUAUAUCAACAAACAUCACCUCGCUUUGGCCUGGACCACAGAAGAAGGCAUGGCUGCUCUUGCCGAACGCGCACACAUCCAUGUGAAGGAAGCAUUCCCACAUAGUCAGUAUACAACGAUUGACAACAUCAAAAGCGCUAUACGAGCAUUGGAAGGUAGAUUGACGAAUAUUCAAGACAUCCCUCGCCUUGCGCCGUUCCUGUUUGUAGAACCCGAUUUGACGUCCGACGAGGCGCAGAGUAUGCUUGUCGUCAUGCCCGACGUCCAGGAUCGAUCCAGGAUGCUCCAGGUGCUGAGGGAUGUUGUCGACACUCAGGUAAAUGAUUGGAGAUCAGACAUUGUCUUCAGUAUAUUCCAGGAGCAGCUGACGGCAGCUGGCUUGCCCCGCAAGGCUUUCCUAAAAGUCCUCCGCGCAUACUUGACUGGGAUGAAGGAUGGGCCACCUCUCGCCGACAUUCUAACCGUGUUGGGCCCCGAAAGGACAAAGGUGCGACUAAGUCCAAGCACGGCGUAAAAUCGAUAUUGUAAAAUCGGGAUGCUAUAUAUAUACGUUUCUAACAAGUACAGUCUUAUUGGUAAAUGUAGCGGAUACAAGUUACAAGUGUCAAAGUGUCUCCCAACCUCCCGAGUCCAAAGUACUCUCCAGCUUUCGUGCUAUAACAGUCGGAAUACCAUGAUUGAGCCACGUCUUCCGCACUUCCUCCCAUCGUGCAUGAUGCAGAUAUUGUCUACGUCCCCGUCUAAGAAGAGAUGGUUAGUAGGUCUACAAGCUGGAGAAGACAAUUGCCUACCGCAUUGAUAUGUCAAUCUCACC